AUGUAUAAAGAAGUAGAAAUAGAUGAUAAUAAACUUAAAUUCUUUCUCAACUAUAAAUAUGACAAAAUAAUGGAUUGGAAAAACCUCAAAUUGGAAGGAAAAAAAAGGAAAAAAAAAAAAAAAAAAAGCAAGGGCGGCAAAGGUCCUGGAAAAGGAGGCGCUAAGCGUCACCGCAGAGUUCUCCGUGAUAACAUCCAGGGUAUUACUAAGCCCGCCAUCCGCCGUUUGGCUCGCCGUGGCGGUGUCAAGCGUAUUUCUGGCUUGAUCUACGAGGAGACCCGCGGUGUGCUCAAGGUGUUCCUUGAGAAUGUCAUCCGUGAUGCCGUCACCUACACCGAACACGCCAAGAGAAAGACCGUCACUGCUAUGGACGUGGUGUACGCUCUAAAACGUCAGGGACGCACCCUGUACGGAUUCGGCGGUUAA